CAGCCGUAAGUCGUUCUCAAUUAGAAGAUGGCUACCUCCGGUGUGGGCACGGUUUUAUUUAAGAAAGGACAGGCGGGUUCUGGUAGUGAAAAUGAAUUGUGGGAUGAUACAGCACUCAUAAAGGCCUAUGAUAAUGCAGUGAAGUUGAUGAAGUCAAAAAUCAAAAGUGAAAAUGGCAAAGAAGAGGAGGCUGUCCCAGAAACUUUCCAACAGAAAAAGAAAAAGAAGAACAAGAAAAAACGAAGCAAAAGCAAGAAAAGAAAGUGGAGUCCUGGAGACCAGUGUAGAGCAGUAUUUUCAGAAGAUGGUCUGAUUUACGAUGCUGAGAUUUUGUCUGUGGAUGAAGAGACAUCUACAUGUUUUGUUCGCUAUAAAGGUUAUGGAAAUGAAGAGGAGCACAACUUAUCAGACCUUCUCCUGUCGACAGGCAGACAGCGCAAGCAGAAGUUGGCAUCAGAUGUGGAGACUGACAGUAUGGACUGGAGUGAUAGGCCAAGUCCAGCACCAAAGUCAAACCGGAGAGGUCAAAAGCCUGGACAACCAAGUUCAAUACCAAACAACACAUUUUCUUGGCCAGGAUCGUCUAUGUUCCCACCAUUCCAAGGAAUGGCGCCACCACAGAUUCCAUUUUCAUCUUUGCCAACAUAUCCUGGCUUCCCACCAAGUGGAUUUCCUCAUCCUGCUGGUUUGCCGACGGUUCCCCCACCCCCACCACCUAUUGGAGAUGACCUAAUGGAGGGUGACAAUGAGGCUCUUUGUAGCAUGCUGAUGUCGUGGUACAUGAGCGGAUACCAUACAGGGUAUUAUCAGGGUUUACGCCAUGCCCGUCAGUCAGGAGCAUCAACGGCCUCACAGUCUGAAUCAGGAAGAUAACACCCAGUCAUUAGAUUGUUUGUGGAAUGGUUGUGUAAAAGUGUACCAUAUGUAAUGUGUGAAACAAUCAUCAUUAUUGUUAUCAACAGAAGUGGACCCUCAUUAUCCACUGGAGAGAAUGGACACACUAUGGCAGUACACUAGCAUUGCAUGUCAAAAAAGUGCUGAAUGUAGUUUGUCUUGAUCUGUUAAGACAAAUUUUGUUUCGGUCAAUGUUAUAUCCUGUAAUUAAAUGAGUGUGAAUUGAAAUUAUCACCGUUUUAGGAUCAUACUCCAUACUCAAUUUGUGGUGAAAGAGAACAGUUUUAAUGUAACAGUUGUAAAACAAAAUUUAUGAGUUUAUGGUCAGUGGUGCCAAUGGAUUUUUACAAAAUAUCUUUCUCAUGAAAUCUUGGAUGUUUCUCUAGAUUGACAUACACUCAAAUAUGACAUUUUGGAGACGUUGUUACUGCUGUUUGUCCUCACCAUUACUAGUAUGAAUGAAUCUCGAACUGGGAAUACACUGUCAAAUUAACUGAUCAUUACAAUCACUCACUUACAGGGAAAUUAAUGACCUUUUAGUGUACUUACCAGUUUGUUAGCUAACGCUUUCAUAAAUGAUCUAGUGCGAGUGAGUGAAUGUGGGAAUUGUAUUAUGAAUGUAAGAAUAUAUUGAUAUGGUGCUUUCUGUACAGACUGUAUUUCAUAGAUCUAAACAGUUAAUGUGGUCAUUGCUCGAUGGAACUGUCUAGCAAGGCAAAGCAAUAGAAAUGGUUUUAACUCAUAAUUGAAGCUAAUUGAGUAUGCAUUCAUACUUGUAUUUCAGAAUUUGUGAAAAAAACAUGCUCGCUUUCUUAACUCACUGUGAAGACUUUAUGAUAAUCAUAAAUCUCAACAGGACAUAAAACAAAAUGUUUUGUCCAGAUUUGAAAGUUGAUAAAAAAAAAUCCAUUAUAAAUAUCAUGAAAAGACUCAAUGCAACUUGAAGGUAGGAAAAAAGGCACAUGGUGAGAAUUGUAGGGUCUUGUCCUCACUCACAUCCUGAUUUUAUUUUAGUAAAAUCAUUAAUAGACCAGGAGGAAGCAUAAUGUACUGUCAACUAUCAGUAUUUCAAAGUGUAACCAUGUACUAUGGUGAAGAAACUAAAUUAAAAUAUAGGACAGAGUUAACAUACUGAAGUACAUGUAAUCAGAGUGGACUGGCAAAGCUAGACAUAUUCCUAGAUGUGUAUGCCACUUAUAGAGUUUCGAAUAAAUGUGUAUGUUUUUAAAAAAGAACUAUAAAACGGCCCUGCACAGGGCUACCUGUGUCUAAUAAAGUACAUCUUGAUUUA